CUUCACUUAGACGUCCAGUACGCUCCAAAGGUUCCCUCUGUGUCAGUGAGUCCCUCUGGUGAGAUCAUGGAGGGCAGCUCAGUGACUCUGACCUGCAGCAGUGAUGCUAACCCAGCAGCUCAACACACCUGGUACAAGGAGGACGAGGACUCACCAAGAGCAUCAGGACAAAUCUUCACCAUCACUAAUAUCACAGCUGAACAUGGUGGAAAUUAUCGGUGUGAGGCUCAGAACAGACGAGGACGUAGUGACGCCUCCUUACAUGUGACUGUUGGAGCAGGGGAGUCAGUAAUAAUCAUGAAUAUCAUCAGGCUGACUCUGGUGGUCGUGCUGGUUCCAGUGCUUGUCUGGACUCUGUGGACGAGGAUGAAGAAAACUCUGAGCUUGAAAUCAGAAGUGAAUGAAGCUGUGGAGAUGGAGUCAGACGAUUGUCCUGAGUAUGAGAACGUCACGGCUGCAGCAGAGACAGAAGACACAGAGGAGCAGGAAGAGCUGGUGUGAAGCAUCAGAGCCACUGUGACAACAAUAACAAAGAUGGACGACUUCAGAGUACAUCCGUACAAGACGCUGAAAGUAUUUAAGAGG